AUGCGAGCAGGAUUAUGUGAGAAAAUGAAGAUCUACAGAUGGAAUAUAUUGCUGGCACUCCGAUGUACGUUGCUGCUCUUAUUCCUCCUGCCACUGCUGCCUUAUACUUCCAGCCACAGGUUGGAAUCCUUAAGCAGUGGGCAGCCAGAAGUUCCACAGCAUUUGCAGAGUUUUAGAGAGGAAAUUAUCAUUGGAGAAUGUGUAUCCACCAUACACCUUAAACUGUUUUUACUCAACUUUACUGUACAUCCAGAGAUUGCCUCAAGCGGAUGGUUUUUGAGUAAACAAUAUCAGCAUCUCCUAGCCUUUGUUUUUGCCUUGAAUGAAAUCAAGAAGAAUUCCAAACUCUCACCCAACACCACACUGGGAUCACACAUCUAUGAGAAUGCUUUCAAUCCACUGCGAAGCUCUCAAGGCAUUCUGGAUGUACUCUUCAGAGAAAAGCCGACUCGUGUCAAUUAUGACUGCGACAGGAAGAAGAAAGUCAGUUAUGGUUCCUUUCAUGCUACAAUGACUGAAAAAACUCAGUUCCCUUAUUUAUUCCGGAUGGUUCCAAACGAAACGCCUCAAUGUGUUGGGAUUGUUCAUCUCCUGAAGCAUUUUGGAUGGAAUUGGAUUGGCCUCCUCACAUCAGAUGAUGACAGUGGAGAAAAUUUCCUUCAAAAUCUGAUACCACGGUUGUUCCAGAGUAAUAUUUGCAUUGCUUUGAAAGAAAAUAUUCCGACAGCAGGAAUUUUCACCGAAAGUAUUAUAAUCUUGGUGAGUAUAGUUCAAAAAAUCUGGAUCAGCAAACUCAAUGUCAUUCUUCUCUACGGUGAUGAUGAGUAUAUGGAUGGUUUCCGAGCAAUUCUGCAAUAUUUUGAAAUUGAUCAUAGACUGCCUAUAGAGCGGGUUUGGAUUGCAACUUCCCAAUGGGAUGUCACGUCUAUUUUACCUCGAGGGAAAUUCACAGCAAAAUCCCUCAAUGGCAGUUUGUCCUUUGCGCUGCACACGAAUAAGGUGCCAGGAUUUCAAGACUUCAUUGAGGUCAUAAAUCCAUUUCAAUCUAAGAUUUAUGCCAUCCAGCAGUUUUGGUACAGUGUAUUUUUCUGUUCACUACCACUCUAUAACCUUUAUUGGCCCCACAACAAAAACUGCACAGGGAAAGAGAAGCUUGACAGCGUCCCCGGCACUAUGUUUGAAAUGGGAAUGUCAGUUCGCUUUAACAAUUCUGCUGGAGAUGAAAUCUUUUUUGAUGAAAAUGGGGACUGGGCAGCUGGCUACGAUAUUGUGAACUUGGUCACAUUCCCAAAUGAAACUUUCCAAAAAAUCCAAGUUGGUUGGGUAAUAUCUAAAAGAAUUGCAGGUGAAGAGUUUACUCUCAAUAGAAGUUUGCUGAUGUGGAAUCACAGAUUUCAUCAGAAUGUCCCACGCAGCACAUGUGUUGAGAGCUGCCCCACUGGACACAGCAAGAUAGUUCAGGAGGGGAAGCAAGUUUGUUGUUACAAUUGUGCUCAAUGCUCGGAAGGAAAAAUUGCAGCCGAGACAGAUGCAGACCAAUGUGAGAAAUGCACAGAAGAUGAAUAUCCAAACCAGAAGAGGGAUAAGUGCAUUCCCAAAUCCAGGACCUACUUAUCCUACGAGGACCCCGUGGGAGCAGGCUUGGCUUCUAUUGCUGCUUUAUGUUUUGUGGCCACAGUGAUAGUGAUGGGGAUCUUUGCCACACACUGGAACACCCCCAUUGUCAAAGCCAACAAUCAAAGCAUCACCUGUGUCCUGCUCUCCACUCUGCUGCUUGGCUUUCCAUGCUCCUUCCUAUUCAUUGGCCAGCCUGGGACGGUGACCUGCCUUCUCCGGCAAAUGCUGUUUGGCAUCAUCUUCUGCAUUGCUGUGUCUUGCAUUUUGGCCAAAACCAUCACUGUGGUGGUUGCCUUCAUGGCCACCAAGCCAGGGAACAGGAUGAGGAAAUGGGUGGGGAAGAGACUGGCCAUGUCAGUCAUCUUUCCCUGUUGUUUCAUUCAAACCGGCAUCUGUGCGCUGUGGCUGGCAACUUCGCCCCCUUUCCUAGAGUUUGACACGCACUCCCAAACGGGUCAUAUCAUCAUUCAGUGCAAUGAAGGUUCAGACAUCAUGUUCUACAUAGUACUGGGCUACAUGGGUCUUCUGGCCACCAUCAGUUUCAUGGUGGCCUUCCUAGCCCGGACAUUGCCGGAUUCUUUCAAUGAAGCCAAGCUGAUCACCUUCAGCAUGCUGGAAGCUCACUUGGUGACUCUGGGCCAGUCACUUUCAGCCUAG